UGUUAGGUGCAAUAAACUAUCUGAUUUUAUGUAAAAAUCUCAUCAAAGAAUAAUGCAACUCGCUCUAAGGUGAUUUUAUGUAAAAAAUAUCUCAUGGAAGAAUAAUGCAGCUCCAGAGUCUAGUGUCACAUUAAUUAGAUCUCUUUAUGAGAAAGAACUGCACUAACUGUAACAUUCACCCGAGUCUUUCAGAGCUUGUCUUUCAUUUUGCCUUUUUUAUCCCUCCCAUACCUGAAUGUAUCUUUCUAUGUAUAGGUGUUACUUGUUAGGAAAUGAUAUAAGUGCAAAGAAGAUUCCAAUUUCAAGGUUAUUGUAAAGCAGGUUCGAAAGAAUCUGCUUGGUUGUUCAUAAGGAUAAGAUUUCGACUGAUAACUUAUAUUCGCAGUCAACAUGAUAGUGAAAUCUUGCAUCAUUAACUGCAUGCUGCUCUGGGGAACCAUAACUAUAUAUAAAUAGCACUUCAAGGGAUUCAGAUAUCAGUGCCUACAUAGCUAUUUUUUUCUAAGCCGUGUCUGUUAAGACUUGUCUUAAACUUCAUAAACCAAGAAUGGAUACUAAGUUUUCGCAAGAGCAACUAGUGCAAUUACGGAGAUCUCUUUUUGACGAGGGAUAUCUUGAUGAGCAGUUUAUUCAACUGGAGGAGUUACAGGACGAUGCCAACCCUGAUUUUGUAGAGGAGAUCGUGACCUCAUAUUAUGCCGAUUCAGUUAGACUAAUCCAGAAUAUUGACCAAGCACUAGCAAAGCAUCCACUAGAUUUUGAGAAACUGGACAACUACAUGUACCAGUUCAAGGGCAGUAGCUCAAGCAUCGGAGCUAAGAAAGUAGUACUUGAAUGCGCGCUGUUUAGGAAAUACUGUGCAGCAGGAAAUACUGAAGGGUGUGUCAAGACCUUUCAGAUGAUAAAGCAAGAGCAUGCGAUGUUGAGAAAGAAACUUGAGGCUUAUUUUUAGUUUUCAAGUUCGGCUUGAGGGAUUUAGGGACAAGAAGUCACCUUAGAAUCAGAAAUCUUGUGUUACUAAUGUGUAAUAUUCAGUAAUAAUGUUGUGUCAAUUUUGGUUGUAGGUCAUAUCUCAUAUGUACAUCAUAUGUUUGUCGUCUCCUGCGACUAAACUAGAGCAGCUAUAUAUACCAAUGCAACAGGAUAACAGCAGAUUCAUUACA